AUGCGUGCUACUGCUUCAUUUACGCUUAUUGCCUCGUCGUCACUCUCUGUGUUAGUGGGAGCCUUCCCUCAACACCAAGGCAAUCCUGUCUGUCUUGACCAAACGACAAUUACCGUAACAGCGCCGGCAAUUGCUGAUCCGACAUCCCUGCCAGAUACAAAUCAACAGGUACACAGGGAGAAAGUAGUGACAACCGUCACUGAAACCAUAACUGUCGUCCGGACAGUCGAGAUUGUCCCCGAGCAAUCCACAGACAGUGAAAUCACUCAGACGGUGACUAUCUUCACCGCAGAGACCAGCACUGUCACUGUACAAUCCCCAUCCGAAACUGGGAUUCCGGAUCCCACAGAACAGUCGCAAGAGUCUUCAAGUCCUGAGCCAGUAGCUCUCCCGCCUCCUCUCAACCGCCCUCACUUUGGCAAUGCCACGCAGCCCUGGCCCCAUGACAACUCUUCACUGCCCUCGAAUAGCUCUUCAUCUGGUUUACCGAUUCCCCCAAAUCCACCAAGACCCUCUUCAACUGCGACUGGUGAUUCGUCCUCAGGAUUCGUGUUGCCCCCGUCUCCGGGUUACGAGAACUCCCUAUACUUCACCAACUGGGGAAUAUAUGGCGCGAACUACCAGCCGCAAUCCAUCCCUGCAUCCAAGAUCACUCGCGUCUACUAUGCGUUCGCCUCGUUCAGCAGUGACGGAACGGUCACCUCGUCAGACUCGUACGCGGAUGUGCAGAAGCACUAUACCACAGACUCGUGGAAUGACCCCGGCAACAACGCGUACGGCUGCGUAAAGCAGCUCUACCUGCUCAAGAAGAAGAACCGCCAGCUCAAGGUGAUCCUCUCGAUAGGCGGGUGGAACGACUCCCCACGCUUCCCAGGGAUGGCGUCCAGCGCGACUGCGCGCGAGAACUUUGCCAAGACGGCCGUGAAGCUCGUCACAGACUGGGGCUUCGACGGCAUCGACCUCGACUGGGAGUACCCCGAGAACGCGGCGCAGGCGGCAGACUUCGUGAAGCUGCUGGCGGAGCUGAGGAAGCAGCUCACCGCCUGGACGGCCGCCAACGCCAGGGGCUACCGGUUCCUGCUCACCGUCGCCACCUCGGCGGGGCCGUCUCACUACAACGUGCUGGACAUGAGGGAGGCGGACCGGUACCUCGACUCGUGGAACCUGAUGGCGUAUGACUACGCCGGGUCCUGGGAUACCAUGUCGGGCCACCAGGCGAACCUCUUCCCCACCCCGGGCACGCCCGCCGCGACCAAGUACAGCACCGACAAGGCCGUCGUCGAUUACAUCGCAAAGGGCGUGCCCGCGUCCAAGAUCCUGCUGGGCCUGCCCACCUACGGGCGCGCCUUCGACUCCACGGGGGGACUCGGCCAGUCCUUCUACGGCGUCGGCCCGGGCUCCGCGACUCUCCAGACGCCGGGGCUCUGGCUUUACAAGGACCUGCCGCGCCCGGGGGCGACCGAGAUAUACGACACGGCGGCGGGGGCGAGCUACAGCUAUGACCCGGCGGCGAAGGAGCUCAUCUCGUACGACAACGUCCUCAGCGCCAGGAGGAAGGGCUCGUACCUGAAGGCGAAAGGCCUGGCGGGGUCCUUUUUCUGGGAGGCAAGCGGUGACAAGCAGGGGGCCGAAAGUCUCGUCGGGGCGCUGGCUGGUGAGCUUGGGAACUUGAAUUCGCAGCCGAAUCUGCUGAGCUACCCAACCAGUCAGUAUGACAAUAUCCGCAGCGGCAUGCCUGGUCUCUAG